UCUAAAUCCCCUCCUCAUUCAACGCCGCCCGUCGUGAACGGUUACUGUCUGAACAAUAAUACCAAAUUAGAAAAUCUCAGCCGCAAUCGGCAAUGAACUCAACAAAGUCCCGUCGGAAAAUUGUUCCGUCGGCUUCCGAUAACGGCGACAGUGCCGAAAAACAAGAGCUGCUCCUCCUCUCCUCGGCAAUCUGCAACGGCGAAGAUCUCGGGUCCUUCGUUCGGAAAGUUUUCGCCUCAGGGAAACCGGAAACCUUGCUCCAGCACCUGAAACACUUCUCAAAAUCGAAAGAAUCGGAGAUCGAAGAUGUCUGCCGUGCUCACUACCAGGACUUCAUCAUGGCCGUAGAUGAUCUCCGAUCCCUCUUAUCCGAUGUCGAUUCACUCAAAUCUUCUCUUUCCAACUCCAACUCCAAGCUUCAAAACGUCGCCGUACCACUCCUCACCUCCCUCGACGCCUUCGUUGAAGCCAAAACUAAGUGUUCCAACAUCGCUCUCGCUAUUCAUUCCCUCAACACCUGCGUUCAGAUCAUGGAGCUCUGCGCCCGUGCCAAUUUCCAUCUCUCCCAAAACAACUUUUACAUGGCCUUGAAAUCCUUGGACUCCAUCGAAUCUAAUUUUCACGAAACGCCGUCGUCUACUCUUAAAAGGAUGUUGGAGAAGCAGAUCCCCUCGAUUAGGGUUCACAUUGAGAGAAAGGUUAGUAAAGAGUUUGGGGAUUGGCUUGUGGAGAUCCGUACUGUUAGCCGAAAUCUAGGUCAGCUAGCCAUCGGUCAAGCAUCGGCUGCGCGUCAGAGAGAAGAAGAGCUUCGUAUCAAGCAGCGCCAAGCCGAGGAGCAAAGCCGUCUUAGCUUGAGGGAUUGUGUUUAUGCUUUAGAAGAAGAAGAUGACGAUGAGAUUGACGGAGUUGUUGAUGGAAGUAACGGCGGUAAUGGAAAUGGAAUUUCAGGGUUUGACUUGACUCCUUUGUACAGGGCUUAUCAUAUACAUCAGACUCUAGGGCUUCAGGACAGGUUUAAGCAGUAUUAUUUUGAGAAUAGGAAGUUGCAGUUGACUUCUGAUUUCCAAGUAUCCUCAAUGACUCCGUUUCUCGAGUCUCACCAGACAUUUUUCGCACAAAUUGCCGGGUUUUUUAUAGUGGAGGAUCGGGUUUUGAGGACUGGUGGAGGGUUAAUUUCAAAGAUUGAAGUGGAGAAUCUGUGGGAUACUGCUGUGAGCAAGAUGUGUUCUGUUUUGGAGGACCAAUUUUCAAGAAUGCAAACUGCGAAUCAUUUGUUGUUGAUUAAGGAUUAUGUGAGUUUGCUUGGUGUCACAUUGCGUAGAUUUGGUUAUCCAAUUGACGCUUUGCUUGAUGUUUUGAGCAAGCAUAGGGAUAAGUAUCACGAAUUGUUGUUGUCCGAUUGCCGUAAGCAGGUCGCUGAGGCUCUUUCUGCUGAUAAGUUUGAGCAGAUGUAUAUGAAGAAGGAGUACGAAUAUUCGAUGAAUGUUCUUUCGUUUCAGAUACAAACUUCGAACAUCAUGCCCGCAUUCCCUUACGUUGCUCCUUUUUCGUCUACAGUUCCUGAUUGCUGUAGAAUUGUUCGGUCCUUUAUCGAGGAUUCUGUGAGUUUCAUGUCAUACGGUGGGCAGCUUGAGUUUUACGAUGUGGUUAAAAAGUACUUGGACAGGCUGUUGAUUGAGGUCUUGGAUGGGGCUUUGCUGAAAGUUAUUAACGGUUCGUUAAGUGGGGUUACCCAAGCUAUGCAGAUGGCAGCAAAUAUGGCAGUUUUUGAGCGGGCUUGUGAUUUCUUCUUUCGUCAUGCUGCACAGCUGUCGGGUAUUCCUUUGAGGAUAGUUGAGAGAGGGAGGAGGCAGUUUCCAUUGAUAAAAGCCCGUGAUGCAGCUGAAGAGAUGCUUUCUGGUUUGUUGAAGCAAAAAGUUGAUGGUUUCCUUACAUUGAUUGAAAAUGUGAAUUGGAUGGCUGAUGAACCUCCACAGGGUGGGAAUGAAUAUUCGAACGAGGUGAUUAUUUUCCUCGAAACUUUGGUUUCAACUGCACAGCAGGUUUUGCCUGUUCAGGUUUUGAAGCGGGUUUUGCAAGAAGUUCUUGCUCAUAUAUCGGAGAUGAUUGUUGGUGCUCUAUUGGCGGAGUCUGUUAAAAGGUUCAACGUCAACUCUAUUAUGGGGUUCGAUGUUGAUGUUAGGCUGUUGGAAGCAUUUGCAGAGAGCCAAUCUCCUCUUUUGUCUGAGGCAGAUGCAAAUCAAUUGAAAACGGGUCUGCUUGAGUCGAGGCAAAUGGUUAAUUUGCUUCUGAGUAAUCACCCGGAGAACUUUUUGAAUCCAGUUAUCAGGGAGAGGAGUUACUAUGCACUGGACUACAGGAAAGUGGUUGCCAUUUCUGAGAAAUUGAGGGAUCAAUCGGAUCGGUUGUUUGGUUCUUUUGGAACUAGAGGUGCUAAGCAAAACCCGAAGAAGAAGUCUCUAGACACAUUGAUAAAAAGACUCAAGGAGAUGAACUGAAAUCGCUCAAAACUGUAUGUUUUCCUUGUAUUUGCCUUUUCAUUUUUUGUUCUUGUGUUAAUUCUCUAGAGAUUCUUGAUUUCUAAUAAUUGUGGCUAUUAUUGCAUAGUUGUUUCAAGUGGAAGAAUUGGAAAUCAUUCUUGUAUGUAUGAAUUUAAUUUGUCUACUUUGUAUUUCAUAAUUCUUGAGGGCAUGUCUUUGUUGAUACAUUAUUUUGGAUCUUCAAAUGGUAAAUUGAUGAAAAUGUUGUGUU